CUAAGAGGAAAGGCACAUCAAAACUCGCCAAGCGAGGCGGAUUUUAAACAAUUGAUCGCGGUUUGAAGACCUGGCAUGGUUUCAACGGACGAUUUUGUCGUUAAGGUUGGCGGUAGCUGGACUUGGUUCGUAGCCAUCGCACGUACGUGGUGUAUAUGAUAAAGCCGUGCAGUAUUAUACCCUCUACCGUAGGCGUGAUGUUGUGGGGCCCCCGAGAGUUCACGUGACGCCAUGCAACUCAACACCGCGCUAUUUGUCCUCACCUACAAAUCGUCGGCUCAGUUAGGAGGGUCUAGACUAACCCGCGGUGCACCGACCAUUGUUGUUGUUCUUCGCCGGUCGACAGAAUGGCUGUACGAGGUUGGACGUGUGUGCUUUUCGCCGCUGUAACGUUUCAACUCGCUGUUGCCGUUGUACAGAAAGUACGCCUCACUGACGGAGACUCGGAGUCCGAGGGGCGGGUUGAAGUGUACGACUCGGCCCGCUGGUUCUCUCUAUGCGGGUACGACUGGACCAUCCCCGCCGCCAGGACGGUCUGUCGGGAACUGGGCUUCGGGGACCUGCAAUUCCCCAAGUCCACGUACGGCAUGAGAACUUCGUUCUUCGGAAAGGGAAGCCAGACGAUCUAUCCCCGAGGGUUUGACUGUUUGCCAGGUUCAGCCUCUUUGUCCGAGUGCAGAGAGACAAGAGUCAGGUGUGGUCUGGGGGACGAUGUAGCGAGCGUCUUCUGUAAAGAUCGAGUUCGUCUGUCCGGGGGUGCAGUACCGCACCAGGGCCGCCUGGAGGUGCUGUUGGACGGUGUCUGGACCACCGUGUGUGGUCGGAGCUGGGGAGACCCGGAGGCACAGGUCGCUUGUCGUCAGCUUGGGUUUCCCGGCGCAGUCGACUGGAGAUGGUCGGAGGAGUACUUCCCGCAGGCGCCAGAGGGCGUCCCGACACCGCGGUACGUGCUGGCCUGUAACGGCUCCGAGCGCAGUCUGUUGAGCUGCAACAAACUACAGGUGGGAGACUGUAGCCACUCCGAGGAUGUGGGCCUGCUGUGUGAAGCUGGAGUGCGAUUGGCUGGCGGUGUCGCCCAAUCAGAAGGCCGUGUGGAGGUGUACCACAGAGGCAGGUGGGGCGUGGUCUGUGACAGAGACUGGGCCGCGCACAGGGAGGGCGCUGUCGUCUGCAGGGAACUCGGUUUCUAUGGGAACGGUUUCCACAGCAACGCCGAGAACAUUCCGUCCGUGCAGAACGGCGAUAGUUUUAGGAGCCCUGUGUGGAUAAACGGCACGCGGUGCACGGGGACUGAGGACAGGCUGAGACGGUGUGUGUUUGAGAGGGCGGCGUGGGGGCCGGGGGAGGCGGGCCGUGCAGGAUGUGGGACGGGGGAGGCUGUGGCCGUCAGAUGUAACGGUUCCAGCAAGGCAAUCUCGUUCCCGGAGUCGUACAGCAUAACUCCAACUCCCGGUACCAGGGCACCGUCUGACGAGGAUCGUGUGCCGGCGACGUUAUCGGCAGGCUCGAUAGCGGCGAUCACGGUGUGUGCAGUCAUCAUCGCCAUCUUGUUGGUGAUUCUUGUGGUUCUUCUUGUCGUCCUCCGGAGGAAAAGAGACACAACGGAGUGGUCCAGACCUCCUCCUUAUAACCCAGAGGUACCCGUGACGUCACACCCACCAAGCCCCGCCUACACGCAGGUCGCGGACCAAUCAGAGCCCGAGCAGGUGCAACUGAACCCCUCCUCCUCUGAGGUCACCUACGCCACUCCGGUCAAAACCAAGAGAAAGGCCCCUCCACCUCCAUCCACGCCACCUUGCGGAGAUGAUAGGCACUACAGUACAAUUGACGAACGUUUGAUCGACGACGAUGACCCAAAAAGUAAACAGAAGUCGGAUGUCCGGAGCAAGAGAGUUCCGGAAUACGCCUUAGUAAACAAAAAGAAUAAACAAACACGUCAUGGAAAUGACUCUGUAGCACCUUUGCUACACGAUAGCUCUAAGCGAUAAAAAUCUACACAGGGAGUAGAUAUCAAAAGAACAAGUGUUGCAUUUUCAUGGUAUUUUUUUUUUGCAAAGUACACUAAUGCUUUAUUUUUGUCCUAGCACAAUCUCUGCUACAUGACAGGCUCUCUCAUAAUUUUGUAUUAAUUGUGUGUUUGUGAAUUCAAUAGUUCUUCAUUCCUCUGCAAUACUAAAAUUUCUUCACUUACUGAUUUGAUAAUCUUUUGAUGAUGUAUAAUAAUGAUACGAUAAAAGUUAUAUCUUUUCUAAAUAUAGAAUUUUAAGUUUGUAUAGCAGCUGGCACUGCUUCAUGGCUCAAUAAAAUUUGUUACCUUUCUGUAAGAAGAAAAAAAUUAAAGACUCCAG